CUGCCAUCUACAAGUUGGAAUAAUCACCAUCCAAAAGAAAAGAGGUCCUUGUCAUGAUAGCUUCUUGAUGGUGUUUUACUUUUAAAAUGCAUGAAAAAUCUCCUAGCCCAACCCUUCCUCUAAAUUUACAAUCAAAUCAAAAACUUCCCUUUUUUUUGAUUCUUCAGUUAAGAAAAUCAAUCAAGCUAUUAGCUGAUAAAAACUUUUAUGAAAAAAUUGCUCUUAUUUUUGGUCCAGAAAAAAUUAAUACAACUUUAGCAUUCAUUGCAUAUUCUUCACUACUAAUUUGCGAGACCAUCAACAAUGUUCCCUUCUUAGUAAAUUCAUCCAAAUCUUUAUUUUUUGGUAUCAUUUCAAAUCCGAGAUCUCCCAUCAAUCUUUCUUCUAUUAAAAAUGGAGGAUUUUUAAUUUCCAAGAAUUUGAAAUUUCUAAAUUACUCAGACUAUUCAAACUAUUUACAUCAUAGUUCCACCUUAUGGAAAAAAUUAACCAAAUUUGCUUUUUGUUUAGAUUUAUUUUAUUCCUAUGUUGCUGAUGUUAUUAUUUUUAAUAGAUUGUUUAUUUUGCCUUCAAUGGUCCCUUCACUCAUUGAAAUCUUUGAAAAGAAACAGAAUGAGCCAAGUGAAAAGAGUGAAAAGAGUGAAAAAAGUGAAAAAAGUGAAAAUCAAAAAUAUGGAAACUUAAAAAGUGAAAAUCUAAGUGAGAAAGAUAAAAAUACUAAAAAUCUUAAAAAAAAACCAGUCUUUACUAUUCAAAAUCUAAUAACAGUAAACGAUUUCAUCUUACAAUUUUUUGAAAAUAUUGCGUUCUUGGGUGAGCAUAAAUUUGUGCCACGAUUCACUAAAAAAUCUCUCCUAUACUAUAAUAUAUCUUCAUUCAUUUGGCUAAUCAAUUUAGUUUUAACAAUAUAUCAAAAUUUAAAAUUAAACAACUUCAAAUAUAACCAUGAAGAAAUCUUUCCAGAUUUAUGUAAUAUUCCUUUAGCCAUUCAUUGGGCUCAUCCAAAAGGUGUGUUGUCUAAAUUUUAUCUUGGCUUGUUUGGAUUGUGUAAUGUUUGGAAUAGUAACUCAAGAAAUUGGGUUGAAAUUCAUAAUUUCUAAUUGCCCCUUUUUGUUUUUAUACACUAAUAUAGCAUGGUAUAAUACUAUAAUAAUUUAUACUAUUUUAUACUAUUUUAUACUAUAAUAAAGUCGUUUUUCC